UGGCCGCGCCCCGCCCGAAAGACCUCGAAGUGGGUGCCCAAGGCCCUUGCAUCCUUAUCCCGCAUCCUUACCAUACGGGUUGACUGUAUGCUUGUGCAUUCGUUUGUUCCUCUAUCUUCUCGCCGGCCGACCUCGGCAUGCCGGGGGCGGAGCUCGCCAUGGGGAACCCCACUGCGCUGUUUGCGACGGGCCCCUCCGGCGGCGACAGCAGGGUGGUGCUCCUCUUCACCGCGCAGUACGCCAACGACACGGAGGGGUCGAUCUGGGACCGCAAGUCCCGGGGGAGCCGCUGGCCGCACGCCACGGAGAGCUUCGACGGCGGCGCCACGUGGAGCCGGCCGCGCAACAUCACGCGGACCACGAAGCGGGAGGCGUGGACCUGGUACGCCACCGGCCCGGGCGCCGGGAUCCAGCUCCGCCACGGCCAGCACGCGGGGCGGCUGGUCGUGCCUUGCGACCACGUGGCCGACACGGCGAAGGGCCUGCUCCUGGUGCGCUCGCACAUGAUCUACACGACAACCUCGGCGCCACGUGGCAGCUGGGUGCGGUGGCGGGGCAGGGCACCAACGAGUGCGCUGUGGCGGAGCUGAGCAACGCGACCGUGCUGCUGAACAGCCGCGAGUGGCAGUCCCACGGCGACAGGAUCCACAGGCGCGUGCUGAGCAGGUCGGCCGACGGCGGCCGUACCCUCACGGGCCGGGCCGUGCGGCACCCCGAGCUCACGGAGCCCUUCGCGCACGGCUGCCAGGGCGCCAUGGUGGCGCACGAGGUCCUCGGGGAGCCGGGCUGGCGCCGGGGCGGGGCGCCGGGGAGGCGGGGCGACCGGAGGCGGCGGCGGCGCCUGCUCUUCUUCGCCAACCCCGCCGCGGUCGCGGAGCGGCGCGGGCUGCUGCUGAGG